AUGACGAAGGAACGUUCAGUGACAAUUAGACUUAGGUCCAGGAAGAAUAGGUUGGAAGGUGAUUGCAUCGCGCGGCAGUGUGCAUGUACUGGCGUCGACUCCUCGGGGGAGGAGGGUGAGUUGCAAGCCUUUCCGUGGGCUAGAGGCUUUUGCCCUUGCCACAAGUUCCUUAAGGCUCACGCUUUGAAGUACGAGCCUGGUCAGCGCGUUUCCCCUAAAUUAGAUUGUCCUACUGUCCUCGCUACGCUUCGUCGUGCGCUUGCUGAUAGUCAGCAGAUUGGUACAUGGGGCACCCAUUCCUGUCGUCGUGGUGGUUGUGCUGCCAUUGC